CACGGGGAUUGAAGAUGCCCCAAGGCAUAACAAGGUAACAACAAUGGAGGUGAAAUUGCAAGUGCUGGUGAUGUUGGCCAUGGCUUUGUCCCUAUUUUCUGCUGCAUCUGCAGAGCAGGGUCUUGCGGUUUACUACAAUCCCCAUCCCGAAUACUACCCCGCGGCUUGUGCAGGGUUCAAUAAGGAGAACAGCGGAGUGAUGAUCGCCGGAGUGAGGGACGAAUUGUGGGACAACGGGAGGGCCUGCGGGCGGAUCCUGAGGGUCAGCUGCACCAAAGCCGCCAACGAAUUUCCGCACCCCUGCAAGGGCGGCGUCAUCACGGUCAAAGUCGUGGACUACUGCCGGCAACCGUGCAACGGGGUCAUCAACCUCUCCCGCGACGCCUUCGAGACGAUCGCCGACCUCAAGGCCGGCAAAAUCUGGGUGGAAUACUCCUAAGGAAGGACCUCGAAACCCUUUUCUCGAAGGAAUUGCCUAAAGUCCGGGGACGAUCACGAAAAUAAUGUCGACUUUGCGUGUUCGAAGACUACUUAAAUAACGUGAUGCUAAUCUCCGAUCUGGUUUAGAAUGAAAAUAUGUAUGUGUUGUAU